UAGAUGAAUCGUGGAACAGAAUCCUCCUGUUAUCUGUCUGCUUUACCUAAAAUUAAAUCGCGUGUUUUAGAAGAUAAAUUUUAGAAGCACAAAAAGUUCUGUACGGUGGAUGAGAUUUACAGUGAAAGGUCGGCAGCUGAAAAAAAAAAGAAGCCUUAAAAAUACAGAGGUGGAGGAUGGCCCAUUUAAUUAGAGAUGGCAUCUCCAAAGGAGUCAUUCACCGAAAUUUAUUAGAGGACACAAGAGUGGUAAAAAUUAAAGAAGACCCGGAUAUGGGAGAUGUGGGAAACAAUUUAGAUAAAACCUUGUAUCUGUGCACUGAUUGCGGGAAGAGUUUCAGUACAAUAGGCCAGCUUGAAUCCCACCAACUACUGCAUGGCUAUGGGAAGCUCCCAUUAGGGAAUUCUGACUGUGAAGAAUCGGUCACUCCGAGAGGCCCCUCUGGGAAAAUCCCUGGAUCCCAAUCACCGUUUACCUGCAGUGAAUGCGGAAAAGGCUUUUCUAAGCGCUGGUACCUGAAAGAGCACCAGCGGAUCCACUCCGGAGACCCCACCCAUCGCUGCCUAGUCUGCGACAAGAUUUUCCUCCAAGCAGGGGACCUGAGGAAGCACCAGCGCACGCACACGGGAGAGACCCCCUACAGCUGCCCUCACUGCGACAAGAGCUUUGCCCAGUCCGGGGGGCUCAGGAACCACAUCAGGACCCACACCGGGGAGACGCCCUACCGCUGUGAGGACUGCGGCAAGCGUUUCAGCCAGUCGGUGCACCUGAAGAAGCACGUGCGGAUCCACACGGGCGAGACCCCCUACCACUGCGACGUGUGUGGCAGGAGCUUCAAAAGGGGGGACACCUUCAAGAUCCACCAGCGCGUGCACACGGGAGAGAACCCCUACCAGUGCAGCGAGUGCAACAAGAAGUUCAGUCACCUGGGCAGCUUAAAACUACACCAGAGGGUUCACACACGAGAGACCCCUUAUCAUUGCACUGUGUGUGGGAAGAGUUUCUCUCAGUCAGGCACACUUAAAAAGCACAAGAGAAUUCACACCGGAGAAAGACCUUUCAUCUGUCAAGUGUGUGGUAAGGCUUUCACUCAGCUGCCACAUCUUAAAUCACACCUGAAGGUUCACAACAAGAAGGCUUAAAUGUGUGUCCCGCACAGCUUGUCCUCCAACACUGGUGUGUCCUGGUGCACCAACAGGCUGGUCUCCUGUUACACUAAUCAGUAUUAUUGGGAGGCCCAGGGGGUUAUGGCACAGCUUUGUUUUACAAUGUUAAAAGCCCUACUCUGUAUGUCUUAGGGACCAGCUCUGUGGGUGCUGUACAGUAUACCUGUAUGUUCAAGCACACCAGAUAUUUUGGAUCAAAAAGUUAUCAUUGUAAAGCAAAGGUGAAUGGAUUUUUACUUUGUGAGAGAUUACACAGAUAGGACUGUAUUCACAGUGCAAUUCACAACUUGUGUCUUGUCCCGGACUAUGAAAUCAACUUAUCUGACCUAUGUGAUUCAGUUGAUUUGUCAUUUAAUGACCUAUCAGCGAAUCAAUAAUGAUGUUCGAUCAGAACAAUUGUCUGUGUAGGACAGUCGCUGCCAGCAAGUGAACUUCACAGGUGUUAUAUAUUUUAAAAAUGGUGUAUUUGUAUUUCAGAAAAGCAACACUACCAAAAAAAUACAUACCCCCAUUAUCUGCACUCAACUUAAUUUCAUUGACAAUAGGAUUAAUAAGCUAUCUUCUAAUGUGCUUGAUGAGGGUGAGGAAGCCAGCACUUCAGCAGAGUGGGUCAUUGGUAUUUUGGUGGCUUAUCUUUUAUCAUGAUCAUCGAAAGGCCUUUUUGCAAAAAUCCAAAACAUAGGAGUUAUUGAUGUUUUUCCACAAAGGCAGCAUCCAACCAACAUCUAAUCGAAAAAGGAGCUGAUGGAUGGUAUCAUGCGCUAAUUUUCUAAACAAAUGAACAAUCAGUCACUACAAAUCUUCUAGCAAAACAAAUAAGUUCUGCUUAGAAAAAGUGUGUUCCAUAUUCACGGAGAUGCUGUUCUACUGGAUCUUGAAGGUGCCAUAAAUAACUUCAUUAGCAGGAGUGCGACAUGAAGAAACCCAUCAUCGUUAAUAGUAUAAUGCCUUCAUGAGUAUUAAGAAAUGGUUAAUUUCUAUGGGAGGCAGAGAAAUGCUCUAAAAGAUAAGCACCCCUAUUAAUGGUAAAAAGCUGGCACUUAUGAUGUAAGUCCUUCUUGAGGAGGGAUGUCCAGUACGAGAUGGCAUGAACAUUUCAAGAUCUGUCGAAAACAUCAGCAUUGGAAGAUGUUCAAGUCCAAUUAAGUCAGCAGUGAGUUGAUAUAGUUUCAGAACUGAGUAGGAGUGUAACCCUGCAAACACCCACCUCUGCGUUAGAAGGUGCUGCACUUAAAGUGUGCUUAAGAGGGUGCUGAGUCAUUCACUAUCUGAAAAAAAAAGUGGUGGAGAAUAAUCUGGGAAUAAAAGUGCUAUUUAAAGUAUUAUAGUGUUAUUUUGUGUAGGUGUGUACUGAAAGUUUGUCGUCAUUUUCAGGUAAAAGGUAAAUGUUACAAAAUGUGCUGCACAGAUAUGUAAUAACCAGACCCGCGGUAUUCAAAGUCUUCCUUUGAUAGAAAGGGCCAUGUGAAAAGGUUUUAUGAGUUUGCUCUCCAAAAAUGGCUGGUUUACUUAAGUACCGUUUCUAACUGUUAAGGCCCAUCAUGGAUUUUACCAGUAAUAUUCAUUUUCUUGUGAAGGAAGCAUACACUCCUACCUGUGGUGUAGUUCCACCCUAGUUUAGUAUUCAGCUGUCUAGCAAUAUGUUUAGCGAUUUAAAAAAGCCAUUAUUCAACAUACAAAAGGGGAGUUCAUUUUUAUUUCCUUUCAAAACAGUGGCUAAUGAAAGUAUUGACCUCUAACAGAAUCCCAGGAUAGAAAAAUGCCUUGUUAAGACUGUUAUUCCACAUUAUUGAGGAGAGUCAUACAAUAAUCCAAACUAUAUUACAUACCUGUACACAUUCCGAUCUUUUGUUGAUGUUGUUGGAGAAAACCUUGUGGAUGAGUAGUGCGCUAGGGCUAUAAAGACAUUUGAGUAUAAAAGACACUACAUGGACUGCAACUAUUUACUGUAAUUGGUAUUUUGCUGUCAAUGAGUUAUCAUAGAUUUUACUAUAGAACACCUCAGAGCAUUAAAGAGCAUUAUACAGUAGAUAUGGUAAUUAUUGUUUCUUAUGCACUUUCAGUUUUCCUUUCAAUAUAAAUUACAUUGUCCAAUACAUUUUCUUAAUAGUUAUCUAAUUGUGUAAGCAUGUCAGCUUACAAAGAAAAAAAGUGAUGCAUAUGAAUCAAAUGGUCUUGGAUAUAAUGGAUGACUGUGCCAUUAAGCCCCUGACCCAACUGCUUCUUUUCAAUGACAGCUUCCAAAUGGUUUUGUCUUCUGGAUUUUUUUUCUAGCAGGUCUUGACUGCAGCUAAACAGAAAAUACUGGAUAGAGACUGAGGUACAAUUUGACCACACUGGACUGUAUUUGGUGUCUGUGUGUCUUCUAAUGGGAAGAAGUAUGGUUAGGUCAUAUUGUACCAGUUCUAACACUGUGACUGUGUAAAAAUUUAAUUAGCCCUUCUUACUUACUUUUUUGGUGUGUGAGUGAACUUCCAUUCUUCAUAAACAUCUUUUGUAUAUGUUGUAUUUUUUGG